AUUGUUGAAUGGAUAUGUCGACAUCGGCAAAGGAUAUCAAAGUUCUGCUCUUUGGGCUGGGAGCGUUUCUACGCAUUCGUCCUCGGACGCAACAACAACGUGUCUUUGAGCGUAGUAGCAAGAUCCAACUACGAACAAGUCAAGACACAUGGAUUGAACAUCGAAAGCGAGAACCAUGGCAACCACAAAGUCAACAUAGAUCAGGUCUACAAGUCACCAGAUGAGAUCACAUCACCAUUCGACUAUAUCGUCUGCACCCACAAAGCUGUAAACCCAGGCAAAGUGCCGCCGCUCCUCGAAUCUGCUGUGGACGACAGAACCACUUUCGUCAUAAUUCAAAAUGGCGUCGGCAACGAAGAGCCAUUCCGCACCACCUUCCCUAACAACACAAUCAUCAGUUGUGUAACCUGGGUAGGAGCCACUCAAACUUCUCCCGGACUGAUCAAGCACACAAAAUCUGAAGACAUGCAAAUGGGUCUAUUUCCCACCCCUUCAAUCUCCCCUGACCUCGAGCAAGAAAGACUAAACACAUUUGCGUCACUACUCAAAACCGGCAAGACAGUCUUUCAAGUCGAAAAGGACAUACAGAUCAAGCGCUGGGAAAAGGUCACUUGGAACGCCGCGUGGAAUUCGAUAACCACACUCACAGACGUAAACACCCAGGACUGGCUCAAGUCGUCUCCUCAAGCAAUGACCAUAACCAAGCGUCUAAUGCACGAAGUGAUCGACAUAGCAAACCAAUGCAACGUACCCCUCGACCGCAAGCUAGCGGAUGAUUUGGUGGAUAAGAUACUAGCUAUGCCUGGCAUCUAUUCAAGCAUGCACACGGACAUGAAGGCAGGGAGGCCUUUGGAGGUAGAUGUCAUCUUGGGGUAUCCGAUCAAGAAAGCGCAGGAGUUUGGGUUGGAUGUGCCGGUGUUGAGUACGAUUUACGCUCUGACGACUGCUGUGAAUGGGAGAUUGACCAAACUUUGA